CUUCACCUGAUGAGAUCAUAAGUUUAUAAAAAGCCUAUAACUCCGGUACAAACAUAUUUUAUAUACAUACAUCUGACACAGAAUGAGUAUUGCCAGAUCAAUACGAAGCAGCCGGCGGACCCAGGUACUUCAAGGAACCCCCGACAUUGGUCACUUCAUCUACUGCGUCAACUUCUACGACAAUGGACUGAAGGCGGUCCAGGAAGAGUUUGUGAAGAGGGUGAUUAGCGGGACACGACGGGCUGUUUUCGUGAUCGACUUGAAAAAGGAGAUAUUGGCCUCCACUCAGCACAACGAACGCUUUUCAAGGAGCAGGAAGACGUUAGGAUCGAUGAAGCCGGUGGAUCCCAUUUCCAUUACCUUGGCCGGCAUUGAGAGUUGCUUAGAAGAGUACGAAAGGGUAACCAAAACCAUCGAUGCUGAGGCGAACUUCGAUCUCUACAACUACUGGCAGAAGAACAUUCCAGCGCAGCUCAAGAACCUUACCUCGAAUCGCGCUAAGGGUAAGCCCGGUGAGACCAAAAGGGGUUCUAAUACCGCCAAACCCAAAACGGCCAAGGGAUCCGAGAAACUGCGUCUUGAGAAGCUCCAUUGCACUUCCGUCAACGCCAAGGAACACCACAAGGUGGGGAAGGGGGCCAAGGUGUUGCAUCAUGAGUACAUUAAGGAUAAUCCCGUGUACACCAAAAUGUUGAUCCUGAUCAUCGGUCAAAUGGACAACGAUUUCUACAGGACCCUGCUGUCCUAUGAGCAACCCCUCCGGGCUAUCAUCCAUUUCCUUCCGGAAGACAGUGCUUACGAUAUGCUGGUGCCACGGCCUCGUCGCGAACGAGAGCUUCAGGCGGCGGUGGCGACCAUCCAGCGGGACAUCCAUUCGUUGCGGAAACGGACUCCCGUGAAGCCGGUGGGAAUCUUUCAGCAGAAAUUGCCCCAGAUGUCUGCCUGCAUGGCGACCAAGUUUUCCAACGACAUCUUUGAUCAACUGAGCUGGUACAUGUACGACGUGGAGACGCUGAGGGACUGGUACCGACGCUAUUACGUUGAAUGCUACCAGGAGACUGACGUUAAGAUGGACCCGUCCCUUCAGUUGCAGGACGCUUUUCACGUUGUGGAGUCGCUUAGCAUUCAGGGUCACUACCUUAAGGCCCAGAUGCCGGCUGCCCGAGAUGAUGAUGGCACCGUCUACCUCUACGUGGAGUCCCUAAUGAGCACCUUCGGCAAUCCCCGCGAGCUAAUGACCGAGACGGAGGUCCUGCUGCUGGCCAAUCCGACGCCGGCGGUUCAGACCAGGGUUCUAGAUAAGGUCAAGGUGUACGCCAAUGCCUUCAAGAGUAUCGUAAAACUGCCCAAAAAUGAUCGGAUAUUCCUGGAGGAGUCCAAUGAUCUGCUGACCAGCCUGCUCUCGUACAUGGACCAGGGCCUGAUGCGGAACAUCUACCACGGCUGCCUGGAGUACAAUCUGAUGCGACGUUACUUCACCUCCGGCUAUAUUACCAAUGCUAUUAACGUACAACCCUACAACGGCGACCCGGAACCGAUCUAUCUGCCCAAGUACGCCCAGCUGUACCUCACGGAUGACUCGGUGACACAGAGACUCAUUCACCUGGUGAACGACUAUGACGAAUUUACCGUGGAGGAGGUGCGUCCGAAUGUCCAGCUCUACACCUUUCGUCGGGGCCUGAACGAGGUCUUCGAGCAGGAGAAACAGACAGUUAUCCCUACGCGACUUUGCUUCCGGGACUUUACCCUCUAUGAGAUGGAGCAGUUCCUGGAGGAUUUCGUCACUCCCCAGAAGUUUAGUGAAAUGCAGGAGAGCUUGACUUCAGCCAACAUGAGCCAGGCCACAGUGCUGAAUUCGGGGGAGCCCAUCUUCGUGAAAUGCAGCGAGGGCCCUGAUCGCGUUACCAUAGAUCCCAAUAUCUUUGUGCGGCCGAAGUCGAUCAAGGGCAAACAAAAGAAAGCUAAAGAACCUGUUGAUUCAUCGCGGGAAUUUGAUUCUGUGGCGGGUAACCGAAAACAUUCCACCACGGCCUCCAUGGCGAGGGGUGACACCCUGGGCUCAAAAGCUAUGCGGCCCUCUGCCUUUUUUGCGGAAGAAUUUAGGCCCACAAACUUAGGCGAUUCGAUUUAUCAAAGUGCAGGAUUGGGUCUAGAUCAUCCCAUGCUAAAGGGAUACAACUUGGAUGAUACCCGCCAGACGAUCAAGACCAAGACCUCGAGGUACUUCUUUGAGGAGGGCCGAGUCACCUUGUACGAGGAGAAGUGGAACUUUCGUCAAAUGAACAAGUGUCUGUCGCUCGAGGUGGGCGAUCAGCAUGUGCACUUCCGGAACCCAUCGCUCAAUGUCCUUGCCACCGACGCCUGUGUCCGCAUCGAGUCCAAGAAUGGGAUUAGCCUGCGGGCCAUGCCCAAGGAACUGGAGUGUGCCAAGGCGGUGCUUAACUAUCCCAACGGCCUCAGCACCUACUGCCACGACACCCAUGCGGAGCAUCUGUGGCAAUAUCAGGAGAAUGAACUAGACGAGAGUCGUCGUAUAUGCACCCCUUAUGGUUGUGUGAUUUCUUUCUACCAAAACACCGAUACUGUUGUAAUUAUGCGGUAUAAUGGCGAGGUUUAUUACCUUUACAGCUUGACAGAUGCGGAGAACGAGGAGGAGGAGGAACUGAACUCGGAGUUCAUCAACGCCUGCUCCACCCAGUCUACGUACAGCAGCUACAAGCCCAUUCCCACCGAUGACAAGAGCAAGUGCCACAAGAAGAAGCGCAGGGAGAGCACUCGUGUAGCUGCCGGAGCGGAAUCCAUUAUGCGGCCAUCCAUGCAGAGCAUGAUCUCCAAGCAGAGUGGAUCGAACGCGGGGGCGAGGAAGAAUCGUCUGGCCAAGAGCAAACAGUACGCCGCCCUGUUCGCCAGUGUUGAGUUCGAGCUGAACUUUCUUAACUUCAUCAUGGCUUUGUACAAGCUCAGUUACCGCCACCUGAAGCUGAUAACCACGCUGGGCAGCGUGGUGCAUGUGCAGCGGGAUGGGAAGAUCUGGUGUGGCAAGCCCUACCGGAACACAGAGUGGCACGACUACUACGUCAACGAAGCCUACUCGAUGCGAGACGACGGCGUCAAGAUGAUCUGGACUGUGGGCGAGCUACGAUGCUAUCACAGCGACGGUACCUGUAUCAAAUCGGGCACGGUCGAGGGCUGGGAUCCGGGCACGGAAAGGGAUGAUAUUGAUAUGGAAAUCACCUCUAGCAGCUCUCACAGGCACUCCAGUGUGGAAGAGGAGCAGGUGCAGUCGAGAGGCACCAUAUACAUCAAUGCUCCCGAUGGUCUACCCUUCGAUCAAUCGUUUGUCGAUUCCCAGACGAUUGAAACAGUGUCCCAGACUGCCCCAGAUAAGGUGCGCUCCAUCAGCGAAUGUCCGAUAGAGGAGGAGGAGGGGGAAGUCGUCUUUGACAUGAGUUAUAUAACAUAUAUGCCGAACACCUUUGCGAUGUUCCACAAAAUCUACUCCAGCAUCCAGUUCAACUUCAAUCACAUCACAAAAGUGGACCUUAACAUCGAGACCUCAGUCAGUACCUGUGACAAUAUGAAGCUGAGAAUAUUUAAGAGCUCCCUGCUGACCGAAAUUCCGAUUUCCAUAAGUGAUAGUGAGUUCAGGAACUAUACUGAUAUCCCACCGGAUAUGCCGUCGUCCAGUGCCGAUUCCGAUGAAUGGACGCGGAAGAAACGCUUUCUCUCCGAACCAGAUGCCCCGUCCAGCGAAUCACCCAUCGGAUCGGAGGAGCAGUUGCUGGAUGUGCCGGACAUUCUGGAUCGCACCUGUGUGGAGAUUGAAUGCAAUAAUCUGCUGGUGCAUGUGUUCGAGGAUCGGACCACCAUACAAACUCAGUUGAGGAAGUUUGGAUGCGAUGAGAACGCAAAGUGCGACUUAAUGGUGCGCGACAACAUUGUAUUGGAGGUUAAUUACUCAGAAAGCCUUUCCACUAUUUUCCGGAAAUGGAUUGAAGAGCUAACCAGUUUCAUCAAUUGUUUCUGCCCCAAAUGGCGCACUCUCUAUUUCCUGGAGAGUUUGGAUUCCCAAUGUCAAAAGAAAGGUUUCGAGUUGAUGAAAGCGGUCCCUCCUCUGGGAAAGUACAACUUUUGUGCUGGAAACUACUUUAUCGACGCACAUGAACUAAUUUCGGUGGAUAACAAGAUGAAAAACAACUACCCUUGGUUCAACGAGGAUCUGGUGAAGUUUCCCCGUUUCCCACUCUAUAAGAAGGCACCACCAACUGAGGAGUUUCCCUUGGUGCUAAAAGCAAAGAUAUUUGUGGAGAUACCAGCACAACUGGCCAAUACUGAUAGGAUAUAUCAGUUUGUGAAUGAAUUUGACAGGAUCAAGUUUAGGAAGCAGCGAUAUCGCUUCAAUGAGGCGGUGUUGUUCCAUCUGCAUCCUCGACUGCGUCUGUUGGUGCAGCAGGAAAUCAGCAAGCGAAGCUGGAAGAACCAUCACGAGGAGAUGCGGCGCAGGAAGUUCAUGGAGCAACAGCGUCUCAGCCUCUACUUGGCCAUGCUGAAGCACAAGGUGUAUCCAAACUACUUCCAGUUUAAGGACCAGUUCUACUCCCAUGUCCGUAACAUUGACUUCUUUAACUUUAUGACGGCCAAGUGCAAUGAAAAGGCCCAUCCCGAGGAGGUGGUGGUAGACCCCGUCGAGGAACCCACUUCGCCAACGUCGAAGGCCUCGACAAAAUACCGUAAGAAAUGUUACUGCCCCAAGUACGUAAAGUCAAUGGAAUAGGCAUUACACCAUGCACACUAUGUAAUAAAUUUUGUGAUUAUUUAAAAA